CCCUGUGAUUAUAGAAACUGUUCUGAAGUUAGGCGGGGAGACCGAUUUUUGCGCCGGCUUCCUGUCUCUUUGCUUGGCCGCUUUGCAACAGACCUUCUUCUCUGCAAGAGCCUGGUGCUGUGGUGUUUGGCUUUUCCGUGGCACGCGAGCAAAUAAACUUUUCAGCUCGGUAACAAGUAUGGCGACUGCAAGGGGACUCUAAAUCCAACUGGGUACUUUUGCCGGUGGCUGGUUUGCCCCGUGUGGGGGACUGGGUUCCGAACUCUCUCCGCACGGCAGAAUCAACCUUCGGUGCUUUCUAGUUUUACUUUGGGGCAGAGAAACUUGUUUGGGGUUCGGAAGCCAUCCCUUGGGUGAGUAAUCUCGGUACAGCAGUCAGUGGACUGCUGAUAAUUUUCUUUGUGUUCGACCUCAGCCGAGAGGCCUUGGGUAAGGAAUUUUCCCUUUGGUAGAGAGGAAAACAGGAGUUACUCUCACAGAGGUUCUCUUGGCUAUUUGGAUUUCUUGGAAAACUUGUCUGUGUGAGAGUGGCUCUGUGUGACCUGCUGAGAAUUAGUAUUGCAAAUACGAAGACGAAAUGGGAAAUAAGAAUUCAAUCCCAAAGUGUACCCCCUUGGGCUGCAUCCUUCGGAACUGGGCAGUGCUCACCAAUGAGUUCAUGAUGAAGAAAGAGAUGAUAUUUUUCUGUAAUACUGCCUGGCCACAAUAUUCCCUGGAUUCGGGAGAACGAUGGCCUGAGAAUGGUUCAUUAAAUUAUGAUACUAUCUUGCAAUUGGAUAUAUUUUGCAAAAGGGAAGGAAAAUGGUUGGAGAUCCAGUAUGUACGAUCUUUUAUGUUAUUAUACCAGAAUAAGGAAAUUCAGAGAAAAUCAAUGAUUUGGGCGCAAAAACAGAGUCCCCAGAAGGAGGUAAUUUCACUUGAUUCUCAAGCUAGGAUAGAUGAUUCAUUACCCAUUCGGUUAAAUACUGCCACUCCGUCACCUCCGCUUGGAGGGGCCGGGGCCAUUGUCCCAAGACAUUUGGCACCUCGGGCCCCAACUCCAUCCCCUUCCCCUCCUGAUGCCGCAGGACCGCUAGUGGUCUCUCCCUGUCCUACCUGCCAGGUUACCCCCUUGGACCAGGGGGCCACCCAAAUUCAGGCAGGGAGAUUACCCUUGGGUCAGUCGCUGCUCAGAGUUUACGGGAACGGGCAGCCACACGGUUUCAUCUUUGUACGUCCCCUGUUUUCCACCUCCGACCUGUUGAAUUGGAAGACCAACAUGCCUCCGUACUUAGAUGACCCUAUCAAAAUGGAGAAUUUUUUUGCCUCUAUUUUUGCUACCUACGAUCCAACUUGGGCAGAUAUUCAGACGCUCCUAAAUUUCUUCCUCACAUCAGAGGAACGUAGUAUGAUCUUAGAACAGGCGCGCGCUGAAGCUGAUAAGAUGCACGAGGAAGCACCGUAUACUCCGGUGAGAGCUAUCGGAUACCUGGCCAUACCCACAACCGACCCUAGGUGGAGCCCUAAUGAUGUGGGGGAUAGAGACAAGCUUGAGCAUUACCGGAGCUGCAUCCUUAAAGGGCUGAAGAAUGGAGUCCCCAAACAAAGAAGCUUAAAUAAAAUUCUGCAGGUUAGACAGAAGCCUGACGAGGACCCCUUUGACUACUUGGAAAGAAUGUUUAAGGCUUAUCGGCAGUAUGCUGGUAUACACCCGGAAGCUCCAGAGAAUCUACAAAUGGUAAAUGACACCUUCAUAAGGCAAGCUGCCCCUGACAUUCAAAAGAAAUUGCAAAGAGUGAGAGGGGCUUUGGAAAUGCCCACAUAUCAGUUGGCUGAGAUUGCUGUCGAUGUUUUCCGAAACCGAGACAAGGUCCGGCGGAAGGAGGAAGAGCGCAGGAUGUGGCAGGAGGCAGCCUUGCUGGCGGAUGCCUUGAGGCAGGUGUGGUCAGAACCUCACCCAUGUCCAUACCAGCUUGGUGCCCGUCCCAAGAAGCCCUGCAAAUUAAACAUGACCAACCUGAUGUAAACUUCAGAGAAAUCAUCACAACGGCUCAUGCACAGACAAUCCUCAUGCCUAUUGCUAUGUGAGCCCUUAGAAGAUCACCAGAGACACUCCACCUACAAACCAGGAGAGUCUCCGUCAGAUCGUCACGACCUGCUGUCACUCUGAAAAUGCUUCGAGCCGGACAUCUGGAAAUCUUGAGUGCCUAGCCUAAAAACUCAAAAACUGGAUUAUGAUUUGAUCCAGUUAUUAACCACCAUUUUUCUUUUAUUCCAUUGAUGGGCCUCUUCUUGAUGCCCUGAUUGUUUAAACAAAUAGGCCUAACUUCAACCACAUACCUGCUUCACCACCUCCUGAAGUGAAGUUAAUGAAACGGACCUAUUGUCAGAACUGAGACCAAUUCAAUAAGACGGAACAGUCUGCCAAUUCAGCUUUUAAUAUACAAAACUCCCAGGGAAGUUUCAGAGGGGGUACUGUAGGGGCCAAGGGCAGGCUGCUCCAAAUUGUGCCAUUUUGUCUUAUUGGUUCUUUUAAAUAAACGUUACUUAAGAGACAAUCUAUGCAA